GCUGAGGAAUGGAUAGGAAGUCCUUUCAGCUGGAUGUCUCAAUGGGUCUGAGGACAUGAUAAGAGCGGCAGGACAGACACGGCUCCAUGGACACUCUGUCAGUUCGGAGUGGACUAACAUUGUCGUGAAGGCUCCUGCUGCAGUCCCCCUGGAAUAAAAGCAGCCUGGUCAAUAUUUGGUGACGAUUCCUCCUGCUCUGUAUACCAAGAUGGGGAACGGAUUAUCAGAUCAUCACUCCCUCUUCCCCUGCCUGCCGUCCUUUCAGGCGCUCCACAUUGUCAUUCUGGGGCUGGACUGUGCAGGCAAGACCACUGUACUGUACCGCCUGCGUUUCAAUGAGUUUGUGAACACUGUCCCAACAAAAGGCUUUAACACAGAGAAGAUCAAAGUGUCACUGGGAGGUAGCCGACGAACAGCGUCCUUCCACUUCUGGGAUGUAGGUGGUCAGGAGAAGCUGCGGCCUCUGUGGCGCUCUUACACGCGUUGUGCUGAUGGCAUUGUGUUCGUGGUGGACUCAGUGGACGCUGAGCGCAUUGAGGAGGCCAAGACGGAGCUGCACAAGAUCACGCGGCUGGCGGAGAACCAGGGCGUGCCAGUUCUGGUGGUGGCUAACAAACAGGACCUGAGGAAUUCACUCAGUCUGGCUGAGAUGGAGAGCAUGUUGGCUCUGGGCGAGCUCAGCACCGCCACACCCUGGCACCUUCAGCCCGCUUGUGCCAUCAUCGGUGAGGGACUACAGGAGGGUCUGGAGAAGCUGCACGCCAUGAUCAUGAAGAGGAGAAAGAUGCUGCGGCAACAGAAGAAGAAGAGAUGAUGUGCUGCCAGUGGAAACUAUGAAAUAUGAGCUGGACCUAAAGCUUCAUCAGAACUAAUGUGAGCUGCGUAGAAUGAUGGCCCAUUGUGACAAGUCUCAUUGGCUGAGUUUGAUCCAUCCAAUGGGACUGUUUGUUCAGGUCAGCCAGCAUUUGGCUGCCACAGAGGACAGUGGGAUUGAUUUUACCCCGUGGACUUUGGAUGCCAACAAUCCUGACAGCAACAAGUCAUUCUAAAGGAAGUCCAGUAUUAUGCUACACAGCAGCAAGCUAUGAAGUUUACACUGAACUCUAUAAAGUGGACAGUGAGCUCAAACUUGUCGAUUUUAUGCUAUUUGUUAAAAUAUGUGCUGCUUAUUGUUCUAAAACAAUCAGUCUUUAUAUUUGUAUUCUACCAAAGCUUGUGUUGAGGUUGCAGGCAGGACCAUAUUAGAGCAGACUGAUCACAGGUGCAUAUGUCAGUAUUGUGACGAGUAUUUUGUAUCCAUGUUGCACAAUCAGAGUUUGGUCUAAAAGUUUACAUGAAGAGUAAUGAUUCACCGAGAACAGGAUGCACAAUGGCCCUAAAUCAAGCUAACACCGUUAAAAAUGGCUGUUAAUGAUGGAAACAAUCAGUUAGUUGUUUGGUAGUGUACCUGCCUUCCUGUGGCCAGAUGUUGACCUGAGAUAUUCUGAGCACAGCCACGCUGAUAGCAAAAAAUGGAAAUCUAAACUAACACUAAAUGUUGGUGUUAAUCCUUCUGAGAGAAAAAGGAGUCGUCACUUUAUUCCAGCAUGAUGUCAACAGCAGAAUGGGAGAGAUGCCCAGCUUCCCUCUGAUAGACCAGAAUGCUUUGCAGACUCAUAGAGGUUAUGGCUGCUCAUCCAUGCCACACUGGGACUUUUGUUGCAGUAAUUGGUGCAUUACCUCUACUACAUGAGUACCAUUGUAAUUUGUAUGUAUAGACCAUACAACAGUAGGUAUCACAACAGUAAAAUUAAAUAAAAUGAAGAUUAUUGAUUAGAGCAGGACCAAUAAAUCUGAGCAGCCAAUUUUAUAUCAAAUCUAUAAUUGCUAAUUGCAGAUAAAGCAGUAUUUCUAGGCUGUUAAGUAACGAGCUGUACGUAAAAGCCAAAGAUGUGAUUCAGGGAGUUUAGAGAAAACACAAAAUGUUUGAUUAUAUUGUUAUUGGAUUUUCUUUAACUCAGAAAUCCAGUAUCCAUUUGGCUAUAUUAUUGAUUGUAUUCUAGCAGUAAAUAUUUAAUUUAUUCUGCCAGUCUCUGUUGCUUAUUACUUGGGAAGCUAGCUAGUUAGCUAGCAUUAUGGAACGUUAGCUUGGGUAUCAUCUGAAAAUAUUCAGUGCAAUAAUCAAAAUGAUAUUUUUCAAUACAUUACUUGGAGGAAUAGAAACAUGUUUUUGAACUUUUUCAUUCAACAAUAGAUGCCGAAGUGCUCAAAUUUCAAACAUCUAAACACAAGUAGCCAUGAGGCCUAAAUAAGAAACUUACUUAAAUGAUGAUGAUCAGUUUGAUCACAGACUUUGCCACAACCAAGAUUAACAUCUAAAAUUUUCUGUUUAUUCAAGGAUUUUGUAUUAUAGGUGUAAUGCAUUAGUAGCUGUGAUAAAAGGUUCCACAGAUGGCUAUUCAGCAGAGUCACAUAGGAGCGAAUGGAAGGAAAGCGGGUGCACCAAAACAGAAAAAUAGUUCAUCACAAAACUGAUGAUUUCAACAACAGCCCAGGAGCUCUCAGUUGUCUGUGUGGCGGUAGAAGGUGAGACUCUUGGGCUGGGCGAAGCUGUGACCUCAUCACCACCAUAGCUCCCUGUAAAUGUGUCUUGUCUUGUUCAGUUGAUUGACAGGCCCAGUUGGCUCAGCAGGAAUAUUCCUCGGCUGCCUGUCGAGUGUCUGUGUUCAGAGACGGGCUGGUGUCAGACCCAGCCUCACCUACGUCUGACGACACACACACACGCACACACACACACGUGUCCAGCAGAGCCGGCGUUUGAAUGCACUUUAAUGGUCCUUUUUCUGACUUUCAAAAGGACACGGACAGAAUUCUGUAUAAUUCUGAAACUGGGAGAAAUGAAAUAUUGCUUCAAAAGAAGCGUUUUACCUACAGUAUAUAAAAAGAUGUUGGAUGCUGUUGCCAGGUUUCACUCUUCCACUCUGGCAGGGUGUUCAUAGUUGUGUGUUUGAUCCACUUUGUUCACUUGGAAUAAAGAAACAAAAGGACA